AUGGCGACGACAGCAGAAACACCUCUUCUCGAAGAACACGUGAUCGACGCCGUUGACCACCGUGGACUUGCCGCCGGCAGAUCCAACACCGGUAGAUGGAGAGCCGCCUGGUUCAUAAUCGGCGUGGAAGUUGCGGAGAGGUUCGCGUACUACGGGAUCGCAUCCAACCUGAUAACCUACUUGACCGGACCGCUCGGCCAAUCCACGGCGGCCGCCGCCGCUAACGUCAACGCCUGGUCUGGAUUCUCCUCUCUCCUUCCCGUUCUCGGAGCUUUCGUCGCCGACGCUUUUCUCGGCCGGUACCGUACAAUCAUCAUCUCUUCUCUCAUCUACGUACUCGGUUUGGCACUUUUGAGCUUAUCUGCGUUUUUGGUUCCAAUCACUAGCGAGAACAAAUCACCGUCUUCAUUGCUCAAUGUUCUCUUCUUCUUCUCUCUGUAUAUGGUUGCCAUUGGACAAAGUGGCCACAAGCCUUGCGUUCAAGCUUUUGGUGCAGAUCAGUUUGAUGAGAAAGAUCCUCAAGAGAGGAAUCACAGAAGCUCUUUCUUCAACUAUUGGUACCUUAGUCUGUCUGCAGGGGUCUGCUUGGCCUUAGUAGUCGUUGUUUACAUUCAAGAAGCCGUAAGCUGGGCGUUAGGGUUUGGAAUCCCUUGUGUGUUCAUGUUGGUCUCUCUUGCUCUCUUCGUUUUAGGAAGAAGGAGUUACAGGUACAGUAAGAGAAGACAAGAAAACGAAAUCAAUCCCUUUACAAGAAUAGGUAGUGCCUUGCUUGCCCCAGAUUCUUGCAGUGAUAGUGAUGUUGAAGAUGCAACAGCUCUCGUCAGGCUUAUACCAGUAUGGCUCACGACGUUCACAUAUGCGAUAGUAUACGCGCAGUACAUGACGUUCUUCACAAAGCAAGGCGUGACGAUGGAGAGAACGAUACUUCCCGGUUUAAAGAUCCCGGCUGCUUCUCUUCAGCUCCUCAUCGGGAUAUCGAUCGUUUUCUUUGUCCCAAUCUACGAGCGUGUUAUGGUACCGAUUGCGAGGUCUGUAACUAAAGAUCCAUGUGGUAUUACAACGCUGAGAAGGAUUGGAACUGGGAUGGUACUAGCGACUCUGACUAUGAUUGUUGCGGCUCUGGUUGAGUCGAAGCGGCUCGAGAUUGCGAAAGAGCAUGGGCUUAUAGACCAACCGGAAACGACCUUGCCGAUGUCGAUAUGGUGGCUGAUCCCUCAGUAUCUGUUGCUUGGAUUGGCAGACGUAUUCACGUUAGUGGGGAUGCAAGAGUUCUUUUACAGCCAAGUCCCUACCGAGCUGAGAAGUAUUGGUCUCGCGUUUUAUUUAAGUGCGUUGGGCGUGGGAAGCUUGUUGAGCGGCUGGCUUAUCUCGGUGAUUGAUUUAGCCACCGGAGGAGAUGCCGGAAACAGCUGGCUUAAUAGUAACUUGAACAAAGCUCAUUUGGAUUACUUUUACUGGUUGCUUGCGGUUAUUAGCGCUGUAGGGUUCUCUGUUUUCUUGUUCAUCUCUAAGUCUUAUGUAUAUCGCCGUGUGGAUGGAGUUUAG